GGCGGGGCCUCACGCUGCACCUCCCCACUCCUUGCAGGCGCCUGGGCGGGUGGUUAGUGUUGGCCGCGACAUGGCUGCGCUGGUGGAGCCGCUGGGGCUGGAGCGGGACGUGUCCCGGGCCGUGGAGCUGCUGGAGCGGCUGCAACGCAGCGGAGAGCUGCCCCCGCAGAAGCUGCAGGCCCUGCAGCGGGUCCUGCAGAGUCGCUUCUGUUCUGCCAUCCGCGAGGUGUAUGAGCAGCUCUAUGACACGCUGGACAUCACUGGCAGCGCCGAGGUGCGGGCUCACGCCACAGCCAAGGCCACAGUGGCUGCCUUCACAGCCAGUGAGGGUCAUGCACACCCCAGGGUCGUGGAACUACCGAAGACUGAAGAGGGUUUGGGCUUCAACAUCAUGGGCGGCAAAGAGCAGAACUCACCCAUCUAUAUUUCUCGAGUAAUCCCUGGAGGUGUGGCUGAUCGCCAUGGUGGCCUCAAGAGGGGAGACCAGCUGCUGUCUGUGAACGGUGUGAGUGUGGAGGGCGAACACCAUGAAAAAGCGGUGGAACUCCUGAAGGCCGCCCAGGGCUCGGUGAAACUGGUGGUGCGUUACACCCCUCGGGUGCUGGAGGAGAUGGAAGCCCGCUUUGAGAAGAUGCGAUCCGCCCGUCGGCGUCAGCAGCACCACAGCUACUCGUCUUUGGAGUCCCGAGGCUGAAAUCACAGAGCAGGAUCCUCCUCCCCUGUACAGUAUUAUUUAUUGUCACUGGCACCUUAUUUAAAGAUCUUUAACCCUCA